AUGACGACUCAAGUGGACACUUCAGAGAAGCUUAAACAGGAGCUCUUUGGGUUUCAGAUCUUUUUCAUCACGCUCAGUGUUGUCAUCGGAAGUGGCAUUUUCACCAACAAUGGAAUGGCCCUCGCCAUUGCGGGGCCCAUGGGCUUGAUUGUUGCGGUCCUCAUCAUCAGCAUAGUGAUUCUAGCAGUUAACGAAUGUAUUGCGGAGUUGACUCAGCAAUUUCCGGUCUACAAUUCGAUCGUUGAAUAUGUUCGCACAUUCGUCGACGAGGAUCUUGGCUGGGUUAUCGGACUGGCUUAUUGGUAUGCAUAUGCCGCAACAUUUGCCAGCCAAACCUCUAUGGCUGCGACUCUCCUAGAGUAUUGGGGCCUGCCAACUGCGUGGAGAGUUCUUAUCUGCUAUGUUUUUGUUCCAGCCAUUCUUUUUCUUCUCAACAUGACUGGAGUUUUUGUGGGUUGUCUCGUCGCAUUGAUGGAUACAUGGCUAAUAGAAUCUCAGUGGUACGGUGUCGUGGAAACCAUUGGUGGUUUCCUAAAGCUGGUGAUGAUCGUGGCAAUCUCGAUCUAUCUCUACACAAUUGCGGACAAUGUCUCUUCGCCCAGCUUUGAACAUGGACAAAGUUAUAGCAGUAAUGGCCAAGCCCAGUGCUAUGCUAUUCCGCUCACGGCAUACGCUUUCCAGGGCAUCGAAGUAUACGCCAUGACUGCGUAUGAAGCUCGAGACGGUCAUGCACUUCGUUGGCCGGCUCGUUGGACUGCGUACGCGGCGGUAGUCGUGUACAUCAUGUGCACGUUGGGGGAGGUUAUCAACGUGAAGUGGAAUGACUCUGCCCUACCGCAGCUCCAUGAUGGAGUUUCAAACAGCACGUUAUCGGCUACUUCCAACCCUGGUUCGUCGAGUAGCAUGAUCAUAAUAGCGGCGCUGAAUGCCAAUAACCGGUCAAUGGCUGGAUUCCUCAACGGUUGUUUACUCUUCAGUGUCUUUUCUGCCGCUAACACUUCACUGUACGUUGCUUCCCGAACCUUAUGGGGUAUGGCCAAGCACUUUCCCGCAUCUUCCAAGGGUCAAGAAGUAUGGAUCAAGAGGAAGCUAGCGAUUCUAAGUGAGGGCACCAAGGUUCCAGUUGUAUCCUUGCUGGUGUCACUGCUAGCAUUCUGCUGGGUCCCGUUUCUACAGCUCGCGCAUAGCUCUGCAGUACAGCAGGUGGUCCAAGUUAUAUCUAUCUCGUCCAGCACCGCUAUAAUGAUCGUAUGGGCAGCUAUCUGUCUCGCCUUCCUUCGCUACUAUUAUUGGCUGAAAAAAUGCGAACCCCGACUUCGGUACCACGACCGUCCUCAAUACAUCCGACUGCAUGAAAAAUACACUCCUAGGGGCAGUCUUCUUAUUCUCCAACCACUUCAGGCCUGGAUAGGACUAAUUGGGUGUAUCACCAUUUUUGCAUUUUCCAGCGCGACAUGGUGGAAUGAAGACGCAACCGUCACCGAAGUUGCCAUGGCGUACGGGCCGCAUAUGGUCCUCUUACUCAUUUUCAUAAUCUCGAAAGUGUUCAGUAAAAACAAGGGGUGGGUCAAAUUGACAAACGACGAGUGGGUCCUGCGGAAAGCUUUGGAUAGACUAUGGGUUCGCAAGAUCGAUCAUCAUGAGGAAACCGCCACAAAGCGCCUGCGCAGUGUUAUGGCUUCGCUGCUUCCACAGCCUUGGGUAAAACUCAUUAAUGGGCAGAACAACCAGCAAGCGAAUGAGAACGUUCAUCAUCGGAGUGAGAGUUCCACGUCUGUGGAGACAAACAGUCAAGAGUUGCUUACUAUAUCGAAUGACCAGCCUGUAUGA